AACAGGUCGACCCGUAUUUGAAAUCUGUCUAUUCGAGUUAUUUCGUACACGGAAACAUUGACUUUAGUACGUUUGUGUGCGAAGAGACAAUAUCAUAGCGGCGAGAGUCGAAAAGAAACAAAGAAGCAGAAAUCUUUACAUUAUAUAUUUUUAAUUUGCGCUAGAUCUCGUCUAACUUUCCCACUUGUCAAAAACAGACAACCUGAAGUCAGGCAAAAAAGAAAGAAAAUCAUGGGAAUUGUAGUUAAUGUACGACUUACAACGUUAUUGUAACGUUGUCGUGACGUUGUAGAAACGUGGUAUCGUGCGCAAGCAGGAGAUGGUUUGAUCGCUACUUCCGCUUAUUUUCCUCCCCAGUCUGUUUACAUCAGUUUGUUAAGGUGCCUUUUUAUGCUGUUUUAAUAGAUCCCUCUUUUUGAAAACCGAAUGGCUCAAAACAAUGGAAGCGGCGCCCAUUGGUCAAUACAGCGACGCGUGGAGGGUUUGGUGAACAAACACAUGGCAGACAUGGCACUCGAAACACUACAGCACAGGCUUUCUGUCGUGUCAGAAGAGAUGAACCAUCUGUCAGAAGAAGCGCAGAGGCGCCCUGAGGAGGACCCAUCGCGACAUGCAGAGGACCCAUCGCGACAUGCAGACAUGAACUUUGACGUGGAGUCACAGUCGGAGGCGUAUAGCAGCGGGGGCUCAGAGGGAAAGUUACCGCAAAUAGCGGCAUCCUCAGAGACAGCAGCUCAAAGAAAAAUCAUAUCGCUUUUGAUUGAGAUUAAAGAGGAGCAGAAAAAGCAGUGGGUGAUUUUAAAGGAACUGCAGGCUAGGAUGCAGGGACCCGUGUGUGACGAUGAUGACGAGACGUUGGAGGUAGAUCUUCCACUGAGGUCGAUGGAACAGCUUGACGAGACAGAGAGGUAUCUGGAGGAUGCAGUAGCACAGAGAAAACUGGUGACGCACCUGUCGCGGAUGGGCGGGGCCACAGUAGACGACGCCAUCCGACGUCUGAUGCAGGCUGUGCUCUCCUUCGGAGUCGGCUCUGAGAUGAACUGGGCGGGCCGUGGGGAGAAAAGAAGCUUCCGGAAUACUAGGCUUCAGGGUGUACUUUUUCGGGCUCUGAAGAAGACGCCAGUUGGGAAGGACGCCACGCAGCACCAGUUCGCAGACGUUGUAAAAAAAUGGCUCCGGUUCGCCCCCUUCAGGCAGGGGGGGAGUGGACGGCGCCAACAUUACAAGCCCACAGUGGAGUUCAUCUGUACUGAGGGAACCCUGUGAUUCACCUGCAGAGGGAGACCAUUUAUUUUAAUCCUUUGUUUGUGUUUGAAUUUCGUCACUGUGAAAGUAAAUAUAACUUGUCACUUUAAAUUUAGUCGCACUACAUUAUUUCAAAUGGUGGAAAAACGUGCUUUCUGAGCAUAAACAUUUCUUACAUUUUUUUUUUCCUUACUCAUAUUAAUCUGUGCUGUUGUUUAUUAAAAUUCUGAAACCAAAGUCUCGUUACGGGGCAACUGUUUGUAUUGAAUGUCCAUUAUUACCAUUAAAAAAGACUGACUGGUUGAAA